GAACGACCUGAGUCUCAAGAUUUCAAAUCCAAAAAAAAGCCCUCUUCCCUCUCGGAGAUAAUACGAACACACUUUCUCUCACUUAGGGUUCCAAAUUCCGGUAGCUAAAGAGAUUAUUGCCUUUCAGGUUCUGGUCGUCAACCCCGGGUUUGGUCAUCGGCUAUGGCUCUACUGCUGGUUGUUUGGCUUCAGUAACUUGUGAUUGGAUAUGGUGGGUACACAAAAAGAGGGUAAAGGUUGUGGUAGUGAAAUUGGUUCUCGAAGAGUAUCAAUGAGACCUAACGUCAAGGCAGUGAAGGCCAAUGGUGUUGCAGUAAGUAGAGAAACUUGUUCGAAUGAAUCUGGUAGUGAGGGUUUGCUUACGUACAAGAGACGGAAGAUUGCCAAGGUUGCAGAGAAUAAGAAAAUAUCUCAAGAUUCAGUGGGCCAACCUAGUGAGAAGUCCACGAAUUGCUCGCGUGAACGAGCUCAAUUUUUUCAGCAUGGGUCACAUCCUACAACUGCCUUGACCGAUGACUGCUCACUCAUGCACCAAAGAAAUGUUAUUUUAGAACAAAUAUCUCAGUCACUGGAUACUGAAGAUAGUUUGAGAAAAUGCAUUCAAAGCGCAUAUGCCUUCCAUCCAGGAAGUGGUAGCAGAACAAGAGUUGAGGAACCAGGUCAGUAUAGUGAAGAUUGUAGCAAAUGCAUCUCACAGCCUGGGACAUUAAAUGGUCACCAAAAGGCAGCUGGGAGCUAUGUGGGUGUGAAACCCAAAGGAUAUGGCGAUGAAUCUAAGCAUUGCCCAUUCACAGAGCUCUGUCAGCGAACCCUUUCUGACAUUCUAAUGUCUGAAACAUUUGCGCAGUUAUGCAGCUUACUCCUUGAAAAUUUUCAAGGAUUGAAGACUGGUAAUGUUUUUAAUUUUACCCGAAUAAACUCAAGGAUGAAGGAGAAUGCUUAUGAAAGUUCACCAAUGCUAUUUCAUUCGGAUAUCCAGGAGGUAUGGGCUAAACUUCAGAAGGUUGGUUCUGAUAUAACUGCUCUUGCAAAGUGCCUCUCAGAUAAAACAUUGUCUUCCUUUCAUGAACAGUUCCCCUCACAAGAACCCAUCCCAAGCACCAAAACAGAGCAGACGGACGCACACACCUCAGACGGGGCCCACACCUGCAGAAGGUGCCGACAAGAGGCAGAUGACAGAAACGGCCUCGUUUGCGACUCGUGUGAGGGCAUGUAUCACAUCUCGUGCAUCGAGCCUCCCGUCAAAGAAAUUCCCACAACUAACUGGUACUGUGCAGAUUGCACAUCCAAAGAUAACGAAGAGUCCCCCCACGAAAACUGUGUAGCCUGCGAGAGGCUCAACUCCACUAUAUCCUUUCAAUCAGGCGAUGCCACUUACAAACUCAAUAUUUUGCAUGACGGCAGCAUCACAGAGGAUUUAGACGAGAGAUCGAAUGGAUUUCACACCAAAUGCAAGGUGUGCAUGAACGAGAUUAGAAGUGAAGAAGAAUAUAUAAUAUGCGGACAUUCGGAAUGUCCCAACACGUUUUACCACGUGAAGUGCUUGACAGGUCAGCAGUUGGUAUCUCACGGGCAGUGUUGGUACUGCCCGUCUUGCCUAUGUAGGGCCUGCUUGACUGACAGGGAUGAUGAUAAAAUUGUGUUGUGUGAUGGGUGUGAUCAUGCGUAUCACAUUUACUGUAUGGUCCCGUCUAUGGAUUCUGUACCAAAAGGGAAGUGGUUUUGUGUAAAUUGCGAAAGUGGGAUGGCUCGUAUACAAGAAGCGAAGAGGAUUUAUGCGAGUAUGCAGAGAAAGGGAGGGCUUGAUAAGAAACUAAAGGGAAAAGAGGUUUUACAUAAGUCGGGUGGAGUGGAUAUGCUUCUGAAUGCAGCCAAGACUUUGAAUUAUGAGGAGAAUUUGACUUCUAAAGGAGUACAUGCUUCUUCUGAGAUGUAUAUUGUACCCCAAGGGAAGGUGUUAUUACCUGCUUUUGGUUACUUUGGUAUAGACUUCAGAUCUUUCGAAGGGGAUUUCUGUAAAGAGGUGCCAAUUGGGAAUGUAUUGCGUGUUGUGUUUUCUUGCGUAGAAUGA